UGGCGGCGACACGGACGAGGUGUUAUUGCCAGUGGACAUAAAAAGGCAUUUUAUUCAAAAAUACAAAACCGAGUUAGAUACAUCCGUGGUGUAGUUUGUGUGUUUGUACGCGCAUUCACCGCGGCUACGAGCGUCGACGUAUUUUUCUUAUUUUAUUUUACGCCUUUCCCUGUUUGUUUUUUUUAAAUUUUCUUUACAAAAUGUUCACGUUGUAGCUCGCCCGCUAACCGACCAGCUGGCUAACAGAGAGCUAGCUGCUAGCUAUCUAUCACCGCCGAGCCGCCGUGAAGUGGAGGAUGGGAGAAAAGCUGGAGCUCAAGCUCAAAUCGCCGGUCGGAGCGGAACCUGCUAGCUACCCGUGGCCGUUACCAGUAUACGAUAAACACCAUGAUGCUGCUCAUGAAAUCAUCGAGACCAUUCGGUGGGUGUGUGAGGAAAUCCCAGACCUCAAACUGGCAAUGGAAAACUAUGUUCUCAUUGACUACGACACCAAGAGUUUUGAGAGUAUGCAGAGACUUUGUGACAAGUACAACAGGGCCAUCGACAGCAUUCACCAGCUGUGGAAGGGGACCACCCAGCCCAUGAAGCUGAACAAGCGACCUUCCAACGGGCUGCUGAGACACAUCCUACAGCAGGUGUACAACCACUCAGUGACUGACCCUGAGAAGCUGAACAACUAUGAGCCUUUCUCCCCUGAGGUGUACGGAGAGACCUCUUUUGACCUGGUCGCUCAGAUUAUUGACGAGAUGGAAAUGAUCGAGGAUGACACCUUUGUCGACCUUGGCAGUGGAGUGGGGCAGGUAGUGCUGCAGGUUGCAGCAGCGACCAAUUGUAAACACUACUAUGGUGUAGAGAAAGCAGACAUUCCAGCUACCUAUGCAGAGACCAUGGAUAAAGAGUUUAAAAAAUGGAUGAAAUGGUAUGGGAAGAAACACGGGGAGUACACACUGGAGAGAGGUGAUUUUCUGUCUGAAGAAUGGAAAGAAAGGAUUGCCAACACAAGUAUUAUUUUUGUGAAUAACUUUGCCUUUGGUCCAGAAGUAGAUCACCAGCUGAAGGAGCGCUUUGCUAACAUGAAGGAAGGUGGAAAGAUAGUAUCCUCCAAACCUUUUGCACCUUUAAAUUUUAGAAUAAACAGUCGAAACUUGAGUGAUAUUGGCACAAUAAUGCGUGUAGUGGAGCUUUCUCCACUGAGGGGCUCAGUGUCCUGGACUGGAAAGCCAGUUUCCUACUACCUGCAUACCAUUGACCGCACCAUACUUGAAAACUAUUUUGCUAGUCUCAAAAAUCCUAAACUCAGGGAGGAGCAAGAGGCAGCUAGGCGACGUCAACAGAAAGAUACGAAGGACAGUAAAAGCAAUAGCACCACGCCCACGAAACAAAAAGAACAGAACAAGCAGGACUCCUGUGGGGAGGAGGAGCGUCCUAGCUUGGUGACAGUGGUCAAGCCCACUGCCAAACCCAGAAGAACCCGACUCUUGUCCAAAGGUCGCAAAUUGAACAACAAGAAGCGUGGUCGACCCAAGAAAGCUGCCCCGGCUGCUGAGAAGAAAAACAAGAAGAAUCAGAGCGCGCUGGAUCUGCUGCACGCCAAGACCCUUUCUGCAGCACCCCCUCAGGAUGCAUACCGGCCACCUCAGAGUCCCUUCUACCAGCUACCUCCCAAGGUCCAGCACUAUCCCUCUAGUCAAAUGCUGCUGAGCCCGACUCCUCCUGGUCUGCAACAACUGCUAGAUAACAUCAAAGUUCAAUACCUCCAGUUUAUGGCCUACAUGAAGACUCCUCAGUACCGCACCAACCUGCAGCAGCUUUUAGAGCAGGAGAAGCAAAAACACAGGGACCUGUCAGGGCAGGCAGAGCAGCUCCACUCUGUGUGUCAGUCGCACAAGGACAAGAUCAAAGGUCUCUUUCAGACCAAACUCGAUGAGCUCGGAGUGAAAGCCCUGACUGUGGAUGACCUGCUGCAGGCCCAGAAGGAGAUAUCAGCCCACAAUCGUCAGCUCAAAGAGCAGACUAAGCAGCUUGAGAGAGACAUGGCCUUGCUGAGAGACCACAGCCUGCUUCUGCUGAAGUCUCGAUGUGAGGAGCUGAAGCUCGAUUGGGGCUCUUUGUGUCUGGAGAGUCUGUUGAAGGAGAAGCAGGCCCUACGCAGACAGAUCUCCGAGAAACAGAGACACUGCUUGGAGUUGCAGAUCAGCAUUGUGGAGUUGGAGAAAAGUCAAAGGCAGCAGGAGCUUCUUCAUCUCAAAUCCUACAGCCCUUGUGAGGGUUCUCCAUACAGAAAGAGCCUGGAAUCGCGCUCUUCCACAGACUUGGACUCCUCUAAGCUUGGCCUCUCCUCAGCCCCAGCUCUCAAUGGUGUAAGCCCAGAGCUGUCUAUCAAUGGCACUAGCUCACCCUGUUUUGACCGGGCAAACACCAAGGGGGAGCUUCUUUCCCGCUAUCUGCCCAUCUCGCCUGACCAUGAGAUCGUACCUGCCACUCCUGAUGCCCGACAAAGGCAGCAAAGCUCCUACCACGCGCUUCCUGACUACACACGCUUCUCCCCUGCCAAAAUUGCCUUGCGGAGGCACCUAAACCAAGAUCCCACGGCCUCUGCCCACUUAAGAGGUCCAGGGCUUGCCAUAUACAGGGGAGAAAUGGGUGGCAUCAACUCUCCACUUGGAGCCAAACAGAGCUGCCCCUCUCCCAACGCAUCUGAAGCCCAGAAUAUUCCUAAAGGUUCUGAGAGGGGCGGUAAGGAGAAGAGUCCAUCUGUUCAGGGUGACAGCAGCAUAACAAGCCUUCCAAUUAGUAUUCCUCUGAGCACUGUCCACCCCAGUAAACUACCAGUCAGCAUCCCACUGGCCAGUGUGGUGCUGCCUAGUCGUGCUGAGAGACUGAGAAGUACUCCGAGUCCUGUGUCUCAGACAGGUCAGACCAAUGGAUAUUCAUCAGGCUCAGGGCUGAUGAAUGGAGGUCCCCACCCUGAGGACCAUAAUGGUGCUUCUUCAUCGCCUCCUCCACACACCAAUACUCCUCUGACAGGACCAAUGGGCCGAGGGUGUCCCAUCCAGAGCCCCCCACUCAGCACUGGAGGGGUUCUCCAGUAUGCAGAUGGACCCCCAAGGAUUCUUCCAGAGGACGGACAGGAGCAUCACGGGGCAGACUCCGAUACAGAGCUUCAGGACAGUGAACUGCGGAGGAGAAUCUUCUUCUCUUCUUCAUCCUCUUCCUCCUCAUCUUCCUCUUCGUCAGGCAGCGGAGGUAGCGUGGCCGGAGGCUCACGCCUCCACCAUCACACUGGCAAUUCAGCCAAGCAGGGAUACCACAGUAACCAUGGAAACCACCACCACCAGUCCCCUGGCACACAGCACACUCACACGCCAACACACACGUUGUCAUCACACUCCUCUCAUAGCCUCGGCUCUCAAGAAGGGCGUAAGCGAGGGAGAAGGAAACGCAGCUCUACCGGGGCUGUCACGGCCAGCGGAUCCCCAAAGAGGAGGUCAUUCCCUGGGCUCAGCUCCAACAACCACUCCUCCGGAUCACCACUAAACAUCAACUCCAUGGUGAACAACAUCAACCAACCUCUGGAGAUCUCUGCCAUCUCCUCCCCAGAGCAAUCGAGCCGCAGCCCCAGCGGGCCUGACCUGGACCAACCUCCCAUCUUGAAGAGAGAGCGCCCCCUGGAACUGAAUGGUACAGGUCAAUACUCGUCAGCCCCCAGCUCUGAUGAUGAGGACUCAGGAUACCCUGCUGACAGCUCCAGUUCAAGAAUUGAAAGAAAAAUUGCCACUAUAUCCUUGGAGAGCAGAGAUGGACCCGGUAGACUCGGGGAUAGUGAAAGAGGCAGGAAAUCUGGUAGCAGCAGUGGCAACAGUACAGGCAGUGAGGCCUCUUCUUCCUCCUCCUUGUCCUCAAACAGCAAGUGGAAAUCCACCUUUUCACCCAUUUCCGACCCAAAGCAACCUAACUCUGACCUGAGACAGGGAGGCUCUCCAUUUGGUAUGGGGGGGUCAAGCAGGGGCACAGACUCAGAUUCUGAUCACAAACAACACCAUCAGCAGGUGAGAAGAGGGAGCGAUGGAGAGUCAUCAAGCUACGUGACCCCCAACCCCUUCCUGAGCCAAGAUGCAGGGACCCGUGGUGGAGGCAGCGGUAGUGGAGGAACUCAAGGAGGCAGUGGCUCAGACCAACGCCAGACCCUCCAGAAGCAGAAGGCCCCUCGCGAUUGGGAGCUGAAGGGCAGCAGCAGUCUGGCUAGUCAGAAUCUUUUCAUUUCUGCAGCCGCCAGCAGCGGCGGAGGCAUUCUGAGCGGGAAGGUGGGAGGCAGUCCUGUAGCAGUGUCCUCAACCACAGGAUCAUCUGUAGGUCAGUACCUGGGAUCUCAGUUCCAACUCGGAGGGGCAUCAGUCUUGCAGUCCUUGUUCGGGGCCCCGACAGGCGGCUCCACGGUGAGCGGGACCCCACGGCUCGUCAAUGGACACUCUUCCCUGGGAAGCUUCUCCAGUGCCGGGCUGGCUGGGGGAGCGGCUGGAGGUAAUUGCUGAAAACUACCUCAAAAUUAAAUAAACUAUGCAAAUGUCCAGGUGUGGACCAAGGCACUCUACUCACUCACUGGUGCUUCAAAAUGUCUGCACUACCCGAGCGCCUCCAAGACCGGCUCCUGUACUGGGAUCUCCGACACACAUGUACACACACGCAUAUAUACACACACACACACACACUCACACACUCUCUCUCUCACACACACACACACACACACACACACACACUAAUCACCACCACUAUGAUCACCUUGAGCAGAAUUCAAAGGCACUGGUCACAUUCAUGUUUUGAGUUCUUUUGGCUAAAAAUGUUGGUUUGAAGAUUUAAACACAAUGUGGAAAUCAGUACUGGCUGCUGUCAGCACUGAAUGAACUGAAUCAUCAAAAUGUCUGAUUUCACAUUUGAGGUGCUCUAUAGUACGAUCGUGUGUCAUUUUUGUCGUAGUUACUAUUAUAGCAACUGUUUUUAACGAUUCCAUGUAACAUUUAACAACAGAUUGAAACACACAGUCCACUUCUUUGAGCCGAAUCUCAUCAAGUGUCACGUUCCCUCCAAAGUCUGGCGUCACGUGUGCAUACUCAAACACAAACACACACACAAACAGACCAGUUCAUUGAACUCUGCUCAAAUAUCAUGCAGCUUUUCCCUAUCUGCAUGUGGGCUCUCUUAUCGGUUUUCUUCCUUCAGUGAAAUUCAGCAUUUGUUACAACAUAUUGGACUAUGAAACAAGAUGAGGAAGUAAAUAUUUUUGGUCUAACUUCACACUGGAUAGUAAGAUACAGUUACUCAUGUAGCAGAAGAUGUACAAGUCCUGGCUGGUUAGUUGACACCCCUGUUAUGUUGAUGGUUUGCUAUAUUUUUUUUAUAUUGAAGACAAUUAAAACUUGGGUUAUUUGCUGUUUUUAGUGCCAUUAAUUAAGAGAAAAGUGAUACUAAAAAUCUGCUUUUCUCUAAUUUAGCUAGUUUUGGCUGCUUUUGGCUCACAAAACUAAUAUUUCUUUUGCUUCUAACUGGAGCAAAACUAAGUUCACAUUCUGAGUAAUGAAAAUAAAUCCUGAUGUGUGGUGUGGUUCAUUGUUUCUCUUCCAAUAUCGAAAAUGUAACAUCAACGAAAGCUUCCAUGUUUACUUUAAAUAUCUCUUUGGCCUUUUGUGACAACUAUUAGGCCUAUUUCACAUGCUGCAUCUAAAUGAUUGAACUGAAGAACAAGGACAUCAGUUUAUGUUUUGCAGAUUUUAGCCUAAUUUUGAAAUUAUCUUGACUUAGCAACAUUUCAAGGGGUGCCAGUAAUGAGCAGAGCUGAAUACAUUUAAAUAGAUUUUAAAAAUAACACCCGAUGAAUUCACUUAAUGAGAUGGUGCUCCGUGUGGACAUUGUUAGCCACUCUCUGGUAGAGAUCCACUGUUGUCAAAGAGUUUCGGCAACACAUUUGUUAAAGUUUAGUUAAGCUGAAUCCAGGUAUAAAAGAUUCCUAGUAAAACCACAGAUGAUCUGAACUAAUUUCUGUAUUUAUUAAUAGUGUUUUCUCUUUGUCUAUCAAUUUGGUAAAUCGCACUACCUUGUGGGACCGCAGCAGAAUUAUUCUUAAAGCAGGAAUUUUAAACUCUUCUUAAGCUAAACUUAGUAUAUUUAUGUCUGCUGUUGGGGAAAUGCAGGCGUAAGCAAAUGUUGACAUAAAUAUGGACAUGUUUGUGGAAUAAUACUGCAGUUAGUUAACACACACGCACACACUCAAGCAUGCAAAUCCUUACACACUGGGAAAACCUAUUUACCAUAACCACAACAAACUACUGGACUCUUUACACACCUUUUUGUUUGCUUUUUAUUGUGUUUUUUUUUGUAAACAAUGUCUACUGUGAAUGUGAUUCAUUCUCCGACUGUAUAGUUGUGUAUAAUAUUUAUGCCGUCAGUCUCCAUUUGCCUUGGUAUUUGUUUUUCUCUUCCUUUUUUUUUUUUAAAUCCUGAAAUGUGUUGACAUUGUAGAAUGCAAUAGUGUGUGUACUUGACUCACAGUCUGAAAACAAUGGUGCUAAAUUUGGACUGUGCCUGAUCUUAUUUAUUCUAAAGUGAAAACAUCAAAAACAAAUCGAAUACUUGGUGCUGUACACAGGGACAUUUGUAAAGCCUUUUUUUUUUGGCAUUUCCUUUUCUCAUAUUUAAUAUGCUAUUGUCUGGUUCUUUGAAUGCCAAGUGUACAACAGCAGACACCACCUUUUCGAUAAACUACUCUGCAACAGCUGGCUAAGAGUCCGAGUAAACAGGUUCGAGGGCCUCUGUUAAUGUUGCUCACUCAGCAGUUUGAAACCAUCAGCACGCUUUGCUCUCUUAAAGUGAGCUGCUUACCUGAGCAGUUUGUUAGUGAACAAGACACACUGUUUUUGUACAUACGUUUUUGUUUUUCCUUGUAUGUCUCUCCACCAUAAACUGAAAGGUAUAUAAAAUAUGUAUCUAUAUACAGUCUAUAUAUAUGAAUAUAUAAAUCUAUAAGUGAAUAGGGGUGUUUUGGUGCUGGCAUUGUGACCCUUAAAUUCAACCUGUUAAACAGGAGGCUUGAAGCCAAGGAGAGUGAAGCUUUGCCACCACAGGACCUUAACAGAUGGCACCAAACACCGCAGCACCUGAAUCCUUGUGAUAUACACCUGACAGAAGUAGAAACUCAGAAGCUGUGUGUGUAUUUCACAUGCGCGUGCACACACACACUAACACACACACACACACACACACACAUACAUACAGAGGUGCUCUGGCAGUGAACACGACUAGAUUCCAGCACUAGAACUGUUAUCACUUUAAUAGUUUUCUUUCUUUUUACCAACUAAGAUUCUGCAGGAAAAAAACAAAAACAAAUGGUGCUUCUGUUUCCAAAUGAUGGCAAUUCAGAUCCAAAUUCAAUCUGUACUGGUGCACACAAAACUAUGUGUCAACUUCUUACACAUACACACUGUCUGUCUUUGAAUGUCUUACUGACAAGGCCCUACCUUGUAAUGUGAGCAUAUAGUGUAAUUACAAGAGACAUGCUGAAGUAAAACACUUGUGUGGUAGCUCGUUUUGGGAGUAAGAGCAGCCAAGCUUCCUUAUUUUUUUAUUUUUUUUACUGAUAGUGGGAAUGCAUUUAAGCUCAGUUUGUGCCUGUGCUUUUUUCCACUUGCCAGUUCAUAUCCAAGGGAAGGUUAGACUAAUAAUUAAAGCUUUAUAGUAAAUUCCUGUCCUGCACACUCACUCAGUGAACAAGUGAAGUCAUUUGCUCAUUUUAGAACAUAAAUAGAAACGAUAGCCAAUUCGUUACCAGCACUGAGAGAUCUUUUGUAAUUAUUGUUGAUGCUGUUUUGAUUUUCUUGUUCUUGGUGUUUGAUACAACUGCAGUUACAUGUUAUGCUUUUAAUUGUGUCUUCAGAUUCCUGUCAGUUUUUAAUACUACUAGUCAGACAGACAGCACGGUGCUCUCCUUCACUUAAAACAAGGAAAUUGCAGCUAUUGAUAAAUACUACUCUUUUCCUGUUGUGCUGCAGGGUUUAUGGUAGAAUAAUCUUCAACACAAGCUUGCCUGGCGACUUUUCUGGCAGUCCAGAAGAGGUUUUUAUCAUCUGGAAGGGGAAUUUGGUGGUGUAUGUGCAAGUGAGAAUAAUGAGGCCAAUAUAUUACAGUCAUUACAGAUUUCAAUCAGUUUUGUAGCUACUUGUAUAAUCAAUCAAAGGGAUGAGGUGCUGUUAUUCAAGUCCUUUGGUGCAUGAGCAUGAUUUGAAUCCAAAGCUUCUUUGCAGUUCUCCAGCGUGCUCCAUCUUCGGUACAUUAUUGGUAGAGCUUUGCGGUCGAGGCUGUUUACUCUAAAUCCUGCCAAGGGUCUCAACUCAGGAACUUCCCUGAUUGCUUGAAAUGGUGUAAUGAUGUUAAUGAAUUUUCUUAAACUACUGCAUGUCACACAUUUUGUUAACCAUCUUGUGGCAUGACAAAGUCCCUUUCUAACCAAACUCAGGACCAGGACAACCCCCCUCCCCCCCCCAGUAAGUGUAUUUAAAGGAAAACUGGUUUCCUCAGAUGAAUUCUCACUGUCACAUACAUCCAGCCCUCUCUGGUGAAAUCCAGCUCUGUAAAGCUUUAUGAGUCGCUCCGAUCUCGAGAAAGCUGUGAAAUGGCUACGACUUUUCAGCAUCUUCCUCAUCUCGCAAAGCCUCUGUCUCGAUUAAUGUCACUUAAGAAUGAGGUUCAGUGUCCCUUGUUGGGAUCCCUUCCCUUAGCGUGGAGGGAAACCAACUCUGAACGACACGCGCGUAACCUACAGUAUGUACAGAUGUCUCUUGAUCGGUGAAGCCAGGGCAGGUUUGAGGUGCAAUAAACGGCAAACCUACUUUCCAAAAGGCCCUGGGUUUUCAUGGGAAACUUGUUACUGUUCGGUGUUGGUGCUUUUAUCCUAAGAUGUUAUAAUGACAAAUGGAAUUAAUGUUUUUUUUCUGCAUUUUAUGAUUAUUAAUAAAAUGUUUCUUAUAAUA